AUUAACGAACUGAACAUUUCCCACACGAUCAAUUAUAUAGAUGAAGUCGCUAGAGAUAGAUGAGCCGCUGACGCCCGCCGGCCGGCUGUUUCUCCAACCGGAGAUGAGCCAAAUUAUACACGCAGUCGCCGGUGUAAAGAAUCCGUUCGACGUAGACGCCUUUAAAUCGGCUUUCGCGAACUCUCUGCUGGUCAAACACCCAAGAUUCAGUAGCCUGAUGGUCAAAGAUUCCAGCGGGCGCGAAAGCUGGCGGAGAACCCAUGUCAACAUCGACGACCACUUCGUCAUCCUCCGGGAGCCUCUCACCGGCGACCGGUCCGUGUCGGAUGAGGACGCGGUCAACGAUUACCUCGCUGACCUCUCCGUCUCCACGCCGCUGCCCUCCGACAAGCCGCUGUGGGAAUUCCAUCUCCUUCUCGCCCAUAAAUGCGCCGUUUUCAGAAUCCACCACGCCCUUGGCGACGGGACUUCAAUCAUGUCCUUAUUCCUCUCUUGCUGCCGGAAAACCAAAAGUUCCAGCGAGCCGUCGUCAUUGAGUGGCGUCGGAGAGGGACGGCGGCGGAGGUGGGGCCUCAAGGAGGUGGCGAUGGUGGUGUGGUACACGGUGGUGUACGUGUUGGAGUUUAUACUGAGGAGUCUGUGGCUGAAGGAUAAGAAGACGGCUCUGAGCGGCGGCGCUGGGGUGGAGCUCUGGCCGCGGAAAUUGGCCACCGCUAAGCUUACUAUUAACGACAUGAAAACAGUUAAGAAAGCGGUUGCUGACGCGACCAUCAAUGAUGUACUUUUCGGAGUAAUUGCAUGUGGGCUAUCAAGGUACCUUGCCAUCCGAUCCUCCAAAGAAUUGAAGGAUGGCCUCCAGAUCACUGGUCUUGCGAUGGUAAACUUACGACCACAACCAGGACUUCAGGAUAUGACGAAGUUGAUGAGUAGCGGUAAAUCGGGUACCCAAUGGGGUAACAAAAUUGGGUAUAUGCUUUUACCAGUGUAUUACUUUCACAAGGCUUCUAAUGAUCCUCUCCAAUUUGUCAAGAGAGCCAAAUCUAUGAUUGACAAGAAAAAGCUAUCCUUAGAAGCCCUUUGCUCUUACAAAAUUGGUGAUUUCGUCAUGUCCUUCCUCGGUGUUAAGCUAGCGAGCAUGCUCAACUAUCGGAUCAUAUGUAACACAACGUUCCUAAUUUCAAAUGUGAUGGGCCCACAAGAGGAGAUCUCCAUUGCAGGCAACCCUGUCACCUACAUAAGAACAGUCACAUCAAGCUUGCCUCAUGCGAUCGCAAUAUAUAUGGUGAGCUACGACGGGAGAGCAGACCUGCAAAUUUUGGUUGCCAAAGAUAUCAUCCCUGACCCCAAGGUUCUAGCCAGAUGUUUUGAAGAUGCUUUAAAAGCAAUGAAAAAACAAGUUGAGAUGAACAACUCACACCUCAUCCAUGGGAACAAAUAAUAUCGUAGAUGUUUGACAACAUUAAAGUUAUUGUGUGCCUUAAAAUAAAUUCAAUACUUGCACUAAUACGGCAGUAUAGCAUAGUAAGGAUCGUAUCCACAUAGAAAGUAAUAUCCUCCUUUUAAGAGUAUUUAAAAUAAUAGAUCAGAAAUAGAAACUUGGUUUUGCUUGAUUUCACUUAGUGAAAUGCUCGUCGAUCCCGGUUAUAUCUUUAACUAUAAUCCUAUCGAAUAUAAUACUCAAUCAUGGGUUAUUUCCAAUU